CGCGUGGCAUCUCCAUGGUAUCACAAUAGGCCCGUCGUGCGUGACUCUCAUGCUCAUCUUACUUCCUCAGGGUGCUUUUUGUCUUGCAAGUGCAGCGUACCGGCACCGCUAUAGAUAGACUCAGGAUGCCACUUAAAAGCUUUCCAAGGAGUCUCGUUCCUUUCGGAAUUACCCUAUAAUCCCCACAGGACUGGCUGGCACCAGGUCCUGUUAGUCGUUGUCGUUCUCUCAUGUCUGCACCCCCCGUUAUGACUUUUCCAACACAGUGCUACGGGUUUGCACCCCGUUCUGGUCCACUGAGUUCACCUCCGGAUACGCAACAGGCGUGUAGCCUCGCUAUGCAGUAUCCCUUCGAUGUGUGCGGUAGUAGUUAUGGCCUCCGUCGACCCUCCCGGAUUUACGGGAAAAGCCCACUGGUACAUUAUCUACCUUCCCGACGCAACCGACAGUGCUCGGGCUUUCCAGCCGAUCAGAAGAUGCUGGAUUCUGACAUGUUGGAGACCUUCAAGCAGUUUUGUGUACUCGUGGUCGUCUUCCUUAUUUUAAGAGUCGUCGCUGAUACAGCACUUUAUGUUUGUCGAUCACCCUCUCACUCCAAGUAUCUGCCUUGUCGGACGGUGCUGCCCUCCUCUCGUAAAUCAUCUGACCCCACUCCAACAACUGCUGCAGUCUUGCAAUUCGUCUCAGACCAGAUCAAAUUGGCCAAUUCUAUGGCAACAUGGACUACGAGUCUUGGCAUUCGUUUCCAUGAACUUCUGGAGGAGGAUCAGGCGAACCUGGAGGCGCUUCAGUGGGCAAGCUUGUUGACUGAGCAAAGCCACUUGCCAUAUGGUCGACGAUUGACCGAAUACUCCGGAGUUAACGUGACAAAACUGUUGCAUACCCCUCUUAUCGAUCUCACUCCGCGGGGAUUCAUUGGUAAAUCGUUUACAUAUGCACUUGACGAGCUCGAUCGUUUGAGUACCCUGUCCUGCCCCGACUACUCGUACACAAGAGGGGGAGAAGAAGACCAUGAUAUUCACGCGCUGGCUGUCUACCAUCGGAUUUCUUCCAGCCUACUUCUUGAAUACUCUGCAGCUCAACCACGCGUCAGACGAUUAUUAGACAGUUUGCGAAUAACACACCAACGCCUGGCUUCAAUGGUUGCUCACCGCGAGGAUAGGCGACAAUUUUACGAUACUCGACGCUUUUGGUGGCGUCGAAACGACUAUGCGUAUGCAACUAAGCAAGAGGCAUUCAGCGGGCUACUCGCUAGGCUGGAUGAGGUGAUCGAGGGUUUGUCUCUGCUGGCAGCAUAUCUUGAUCGUAUAACGGACGAACUAUCCAGUGUACCAGAUGUGCCAGAGUUGAAUCGCAAAGUUGAGGUAUCGGCGUGUUUAGAUGCGCUGCGAAACCUCUUCGCUCGAUCUACUCUGCCCCUGGGAUACUCAUCUCCCUUACCCACCACUGCUCACGACGUUUCGUCUCUCGCCGGAAGGCGAAUGAGAGCCAUAUUUUCUCUGAUUCACGCAGUGGGCGUGACGUGAGGACAUCUGCACGGACUUUGCAUGGUACGUUAUCUUUAUGGUAUGUAUUGCUAUGUUAAGCGCGCCUCCCAUGUAUUCCUGUGUCACUGCACGGUUACAGCUACUGUAUUGUCCCCCGCUAUUGUACCCCCUUC